AUGAGCUUGCUGGUCGCUACGGUCCUCGUGGGGCGCCGGGGAGCCUGGCUGGGGGCCCUCGGUGGUCUCGGGAGCGGCGCAGUCAUCGGUGUCUUCACGUUCCCCAGCCUGGGAGUUGCUGGGAUCGUCGCCUCCACAGUUGUGGGGUUGCUCCUAGGGAUUGUUCUCGGCUUCGCUCCUAUCUUCAGGGGCCUCAAAAUCAAUGAACGAUAUAUCUGCGCCGGCCUGCGCUCCCGAGCAACCUCCAGCUCACGAGCUGAUGAAGGCAGCAGGAGCUACGAAAGCAGCCACGGCAUGAACGGAAGCCCCGUCAGCUCACGCCGCCAGCGGGCUGUUCCCAAGUUGACGCACGGCACGCAGCGGUAUGGCCACAUGGGCCACACCUCAGAGAACGAGGGCAGUACCCGAAGAAACACAGAGGAGCCCAUAAACGGCUCUGAAGAAGCAGGUCCUUGA